AUGGGUCAUGCUUUAUGCCCCAGCCCCGUGAUCUCUUUGGAUGGUCCGCUGAUUUAUCUCCAAGAACUUCGGAAGAAGAAUCUCUCAACCGUUACGGACCUGGAUGGCUUCGAGGAGGUCUUUGGACUGUGUCCACAGGGCUUGGCAGCGGUCUUCGAAGCUUAUCCGGAUUGCCGCCGCAACUUCUUCUCGGAGGUCCUUCCAUUUAUCGUGGACGCUGCUAGUAGGCUUUCCACCAAAGAGUUGAAGAGACUGGAAGCAGGAAAGGUUGACCAGGUGUUCCUUCCCAGGGACCUGGUGGUGAGCUUGUUAGCGCACAUGUUCCUUUGCACCUUUCGAGACUUGCCGUCCAACAUGCCCUAUGCCGGCUUCGACUUGUUGCUCUUCCGGGUGAACAAGCAUUGCCCCCAGGAGCUGGCGAAGCUACGAAUGUUCAUUCACUACUUCGACCGAUGUCGCUUGGAGAUGCCCAAGGGCGAGCUGCGCAUCUAUCGACAAGUGAGGCCUGCGGCCAAGACGGGGAGUACAUGGAGAGAGUCCAAAUGGCCUUUGCUGGAGCUGAAUGUUGCUCCUCCAUUCACCGGCUUUGAGGAUGAGGUUGGCCGUGGUUGUCUUCAUGCGGACUUUGCCAACCAGUGCUUAGGCGGUGGAGUGCUUGUUGGGGGCUGUGUGCAAGAAGAGAUCCGCUUCUCCAUUUGUCCCGAGCUUUGUGCGGCGAUGCUGGUGUGUCCCAUUAUGUUGGACAAUGAAGCCAUCACCAUCGUAGGAGGAGACGCGGCCGGCGAGCAGUUCUGCAGCUACGAGGGCUAUGGCCGCUCCCUGCGCUUCGGCGCCGACUACCGUGACCGCUCGCCGCGGGACGCGGACGGCACCGUGCUGCAGGCGAUCACGGCGAUGGAUGCACUGGACUUCCGGGGGCGCGACUCCAGCCUGCGGACGCAGCUGCAGGAGCCCUUGCUCUUGCGGGAAUUGGAGAAGGCAGCAGCUGCCUUUGCGCCAGUGGACGAGGCGGCGCUGGCGCAGUGGCCGAUCAUCGCUACCGGGAACUGGGGCUGUGGAGCCUUUGAGGGGUGCGCGGAGCUCAAGGCGAUCUUACAAUGGUUGGCCGCCAGCGAGGGGCGGCGCCGUUUGCUGUACUUUCCCUUCGACUUGGAACACCUGGGCCCUCAACUCACCGAGCUCAGCCGAGACCUUUGCACCGCCCGGGUCACGGUGGGUCAGCUCUAUUCGGCGCUGAUGAGUGAGCCGCGGCCCAAACGGGCCACGGAGAUUUUUGAGCAUCUGAAACGGAAGCUCUUGGGAUGA